CAUCACAAGAUGGGGAGGAGGAUUAAGCCCCAACACUGCUCUAGUGAUUUGCCAACGCUUCAGCUUUCAUGUUGCCAUUCGUACGGAGGGAGUGAUGGCUGUGUAAAAAAAGAUAUAUUUUCUUCAAAUACAAUUUACUAGGUGUGUCUGUAUAGAAGGAAUACCAGGGACAUAUUUGCAGCAGCAGACAUGAGGCUGGUCAGCGGCGGGGUCCGGGCUCGGAGGGCCGCAGAGCCCCCGGAACCGGAGUCGGAGGAGGCGACAGAGAAAGUUCACCACGAGCACCAGCAUACAGAACACCAUGGGCACGCCGAGCAUCACCCCGGACACGACUACAACCACAUGAAGGACAAGUUCAUGAAUGAACUGGAACAUCUACCCAUUCCCAUGUGGGCGGUGGGAGCCAUCGUGGUGCUGGUCCUGGUUUUGGUGGCGUGCUUCAUCUUUUGCCUUUUCAAAAAAUGCUUUGCGAAGAAGAAAAAGCCAAAGAAAGUGAGAGAGAGGAAGACGGGGCGCCGCAAGAAGGAAAAGGAGGGCGAGGGCGAAACUGGAGAGAAGGAAGGGGAGGUGAAGAAGGAGGGCGCGGAAGAGGAGAAAGAGCAGGAGAAGUUGGGGAGGUUGGAGUUCUCCUUGGAUUACAACUUCACCGAUUCCCAGCUCAUCGUGGGAAUCCUUCAGGCUCAGGACCUGGCAGCUAUGGACAUGGGGGGCACCUCAGAUCCUUACGUCAAAGUCUUUCUGCUGCCGGACAAAAAGAAGAAGUACGAAACCAAGGUUCAGCGCAAGAAUUUGUGUCCUGUUUUCAACGAGACGUUUAUUUUUAAGAUUCCGUAUGCAGAGCUGGGAGGAAAGACGUUGGUGUUGCAAGUGUUUGACUUUGAUCGCUUCUCCAAGCACGACAUGAUCGGCGAUAUCAAAAUCCCCAUGAACAGCAUUGAUUUAGGCCAGCCAAUUCAACAAUGGAAGGACUUGGAGAGCUCGGAAAAGGAGGAGCAGGAGAAACUGGGUGAUGUUUGCAUCUCUUUGCGAUACGUCCCCACUGCCGGGAAACUGACGGUGAACAUCAUGGAAGCCAAGAAUCUGAAGAAAAUGGACGUCGGCGGCUUGUCGGAUCCGUUUGUGAAGAUUGUCCUGCAGCAAAACGGAAAACGUAUCAAAAAGAAGAAGACAACUGUCAAGAAAAACACGCUCAAUCCCUACUUCAAUGAGAGUUUUAGCUUUGAGGUGCCCUUUGAACAGAUACAGAAAGUGCAGGUCGUUAUUACAGUGUACGACUAUGAUAAACUUGGCAGCAACGAUCCUAUCGGUAAGACCUUCAUGGGUUAUGGAGCUACAGGUGUUGGCCUGCGCCACUGGUCAGACAUGUUGGCCAAUCCCAGACGUCCAGUCGCCCAGUGGCACACUUUGCUGCCAGAGGAGGAAGUUGACGCAGCGGUCAAAGCAAAACCUCGCUAGAUAGAGACUUUGUGUUUCUUGUAUCAACCCUUAUGUUUCGCUCUCACACAUUUAUUUUGGUAUACUCUAAUGUGUGGGUGUGUGGAUGUGAAAUACUAAUGUUUUCUUUUUUAUAUUUGUCAAUCUCUUUACACCCCCCCCC